CUUCAGUGUCAGCACUGCUCUGUCUACAUCUUCCUCUCUCUCUGUUAUUCACUUUACUCCUAAUUUAGCCAUUUUCAUUCACCUCUCAUUUUGCGAGUCCUGUUUUCAUUUUGGGAGUCCUUAUUGAAUUUAAAGCAUGGAGUUGCAGGACUUUUGUUUGAGUGACAACUUUCAAUUCCUUAAUCAACAAAACAGCCUCUUGGAACCCUCAUCAUCUGAUGACCCUCCUUCUCCACAAGAUCAAACCAUUAAAACAGAUUCACCUAAUUUUACACCAUUCAGCCCAAGCAGCACAUCAGAGAGCAGCAGUUACAGUGUCUUUUCCCAAUCUCUCAAUCCUGCACACUUCACUCCUCAAGACAAUGAAGAGCUACAGCUGCAGCCUCAGACAGACUCCAUCCUAAACCGAGACUAUCUCACUUCACUUAGCCAUGGGCCCAAACGCCUGUGCCUGGUGUGUGGAGACUUUGCAUCUGGGUACCAUUAUGGUGUGGCAUCCUGCGAAGCCUGCAAGGCCUUUUUUAAGAGAACCAUUCAAGGAAACAUUGAGUACAGCUGUCCAGUGGUGAACAAAUGUGAGAUAACAAAGCGACGGAGGAAAUCAUGUCAGGCCUGCCGCUUUCAGAAAUGCCUGAGGGCAGGAAUGAUGCGUGAAGGAGUACGUAUGGAUCGUGUGAGAGGAGGCAGGCAAAAGUAUAAACGACAAGUAGAUUCAGGCCUGUCUGCCUUCAACCAAACUCCAUACACACAUCCAGUUAAAAGCAUCCGUAAUAAGGUGAUUUCUCAGCUGUUGGCUUCUGAGCCAGCUCCACUGAGAGCCUCUCCCGACCCAGUGACUCCUGACAGUGACCUCAAAACUUUGAUGACAUUAUGUGACCUUUUAAACAGAGAACUGCUGGUUAUGAUCAGCUGGGCAAAACACAUACCAGGGUUCUCCUUGCUCUCACUGGUGGAUCAGAUGGCACUGUUGCAGAGUGGAUGGAUGGAAGCUCUGCUGCUAUGUGUGGUGUGGCGUUCAUUGGCGUCAACUCAGGGACUGGAAUUUGCUGAAAAUCUUCAUCUGAACGAGCCUCAGUGCCAAAAUGCUGGCUUGCUGGAGCUUUACACACCACUGAGACUCCUCAUCGACAAAUACCAGCAACUCAACAUCAGCCACGAGGAGGCUGUAACACUCCGAGCCAUGGCACUCGCCAACUCAGAUGCAGAGCAUGUGGAGAAUGGUGAUAGUGUGCUGCGUUUUCAGGACGGGCUGCACGAGGCCCUGCAGGACUAUGAGGUGAAUGAGCGUGCAGCUGAGACACACCGAGUAGGCAGACUGCUUAUGACCCUACCACUGCUCAGACAGAGUUCACACAGAGCUGUGCAGUGUUUCCGCCGCCUGCACAUACAACACCUCGUGCCCAUGCACAAGCUUUUCCUGGAAAUGCUGGACACCAAGAUGUAGAAAGAUAAAAGAAAUCACACAUGGGUGAAAAGUAUAUAGAGACUCAUUGAUUGAGAGUGGUGUUGUAUUUUAGUAUUUUGGGCUUUUUGGUCAUGCUAAGUGCUGAAGGCAAGGAGACGAAUGAGUUGUUUCGAUUCUGAUACUUGAUAAACAUAAGUAAACGAAGAAUGUACUGCAUGGAAAGGAGCCAUGUUAGAUUCAUUUUAAUGUGAAAGAGGUUUAUGAGGUAUUCAACAUUUCUGUUUAAAACCAGAUAAUGAAUUCACUUCACCAUCCAGUAUAUUCAACAUAGUAGACUUUCUUAUCAAAUAAACUUCAUUCAACAGCAGUGUUUAGGCCAUGAUGGACCAGAAAUAUUUAAAAACUAAUCUAAAUACCACUGCAUUUGUUUUGUUUUGGUUUUGUUUGGGUUUUUUGCAUUUGUAGUUUUGUACACUUUUUUCUGAUCCAUUGCAGAAUGAUUACUUGAAAAUAUAAAGUGAGCUAAUUAAUUUUGUAAAUGAAAUUAAAAAAGAAAAACACUGGAAAUCUUGAAAAAGGUCAAGUCACUUAAACUUGAAAAUAAUGGAGACAUAGUGAAUAAUGUGUGAACAUAUACAUCCCGCAUGUGAAGGGCUGAAACACAUUCCCUUUCCCAUUGCAUUUUAAUAACACGAAGGAAUUUUGCAAAGUUUAUAUAUUACUUCAUCUAAAAUUAUGUGAUAUUUUUAGAAUUAGAUGAAAUGUAAGUUAUUUUGUCAAUUAGUUUAUAUAUAUGAUUUGUGGUUAGUAGCUUCUUGGAAUUUCCAUUGCAUCUGUUAACACUCAUGUUAGGUUUAUUAUUUUGUUUCUAAAUGAAAUAACUAAGCCAUGGCACUGUCACUAUAAUUUACUAUUUAUUGUCUUAUUUAUUAAAUAUAAUGACCAUGCUUAUUUAUUUGUAAAUAAAC